GUCAUCCCGUUGACUGUGACGUUGCUCCAUGUUCCCUCCACUAGUCCGUUGCUCCUAAGGGAAAAGCAGCGAUUCGACAGGGAUUUAUCCAGAUCAGAAAUGGCCCUCACACAGGUGUCCUCCAGUAAGUGUGCUGGUGGCUUCCAGAAGGUUUUUGAACAUGACAGCACCGAGCUGAAAUGUAAGAUGAAGUUUGCCGUCUACCUGCCCCCCAAGGCAGAAACAGACAAAUGUCCCGUCAUGUACUGGCUCUCAGGUCUGACGUGUACGGAGCAGAACUUCAUCACCAAAGCUGGCAGUCAGCUGGCUGCUGCAGAACAUGGGAUCAUCAUUGUGGCUCCAGAUACCAGCCCACGUGGCUGCAGCAUCGAGGGUGAAGAUGAGAGCUGGGAUUUUGGUACAGGAGCUGGUUUCUAUGUGGACGCCCUGCAGGACCCCUGGAAGGGAAACUAUCGUAUGUAUUCAUACGUCAGCGAGGAGCUCCCACAGCUCAUCAAUGCCAACUUCCCCACUGAUCCAGAGAGGAUGUCUGUUUGUGGGCACUCGAUGGGGGGCCACGGAGCUCUAAUCUGUGCCCUGAAGAAUCCUGGGAAGUACAAGGCUGUGUCAGCGUUUGCCCCCAUCUGUAACCCCAUGCAGUGUCCGUGGGGUCAGAAAGCCUUCUCAGGUUACCUGGGCCCUGACCGCUCCACCUGGGAGGCAUACGAUGCAACCGUGUUGGCCGCUUCCUACUCCGGCCCUCAGCUCGACAUCCUGAUCGAUCAGGGUCGCGAUGAUCAGUUCCUGUCCGCCAGCCAGCUGCUGCCUGAUAACCUGAUCGCUGUCUGCUCAGAGAAGAAAAUCCCUGUUGUCUUCAGACUGCAGCCGGGCUACGAUCACAGCUACUUCUUCAUCUACUCCUUCAUAAAUGACCACAUCAAACAUCAUGCCAAGUACCUGAACGCCUGAGCUGCUGAUGACCCACUUCCUGAAGAGCUGGGAACAGCUGGAGGUUAAAUGACGUAGCUAACUUAAGUGUAGCUGAGGUUUGGUGCCUUCAUCACGUGCUCCCGCGACCCGGCUGGGAAAGUGGUCGGUGAGCUGGGCUCGACGGGAGAGAAUAAAAUCAGUUACUUCGCC